AACCUGGCUAAGAGGUGGCCACUCCAAUGGAAAUCCACCAUCUCCAUCCCCUCUUCUUCCCUCCACCUCAGGAAGAACUCCACUCAGUCUUUCGCCGCCAAAGAAGUAAAUUCUGGGCUCAGCUUCCUCGCCACCCACCAACAUCCCGAAAUCUCCCUCUUCCAUUCCAAGGGCUUCUCGGAAAUCUCCUGCCUCAACAAUGGAAGGGCACUUCAUUGCUUCUGUUUAAAAAUCCCUUCUAAUCUCAGCGUCUUCCACAACAACACGCUCAUCAAUCUGUACUUCAGGUUCGGCAAGCCAUCUACUGCCCUUAAGCUGUUCGAUAAAAUGCCUCUAAGAAAUCAUGCAUCUUGGAAUACCGUUAUUUCAGGGUGUGUUCGAGCAGGCUGCUCUUCCACAGCAGCAGAACUCUUUAGGCGGAUGAGAGAGAAUGGGGAAAAGCCCGGCGGAUUCAUGCUCGCAAGUCUCGCUACUGCUUGCAAUCACAACGAGGAGAAGUUUGAUGAAGGAAUUCAAAUACAUUGUCUUGUCCUGAAACUUGGGCUGAUGUGUAACGUUUAUGUAAGCACUGCAAUUUUGCAUUUUUAUGGAAAAAAUGUUCUCUUUUCUGAUGCUUGGAGAUUCUUCGAGGAGAUGCCUGAGAGAAAUGUAGUUUCUUGGACUGCAUUGAUGGUGAGCUGCUCCGUUAAUUCUCGCCCUGGGGAAGCCAUAAGAGCUUAUCAGACCAUGAGAAAUGAAGGUGUAGUUUGCAAUGAAAACUCCUAUUCAACGGUGAUAAGUUCAUGUGGCCUUCUUCAAAGUGAGAAGUUGAGCCACCAGGUGCUUGCUCAUGUAGUUGUUUCAGGUUUUCAAGCUGAAGUAUCAGUCGCCAAUUCUUUGGUGACAAUGUUUGGCAAUAUGGGGGAAGUAAAGGAGGCUGAGCAAAUAUUUUUCCGGAUGGAAGAAAGAGAUACAAUAUCCUGGAAUUCGUUGCUUUCCGUUUAUUCGCGAGAAGGAAUGUUCAAAAGGGCAUCGUGGUGCUUUUCUGAAAUGCGACAGUUUGAUUUCAGACCUGAUUUCACUACACUGUCCUGUGUGAUCUCUGCCUGUGCUAGUGUUGAUGAUCUGAAGUGGGGGAGGGGUCUUCAUGCCUUUGUCGUGAAAAAUAAGCUUGAAUCAGUUGUCUCGGUAUGCAAUACUUUGAUAAGCAUGUACUCCAUGUUAGGAAAAGCUGAGGAUGCAGAGAUUUUGUUUUGUGAAAUGCCUGUGAAGGAUGUUAUUUCUUGGAAUACCAUAAUGGCUUCAUACAAUCAGAGUGGAAACAACAUUGGUACCUUAAAGCUCUUAUCUGAGAUGCUUCAACUGAACAACGAAUGUAAUCACGUGACAUUUGCCGCCGCAUUGGCCGCAUGUGCCAGUCAAGAGUUUUUACUAUAUGGAAAAAUGGUUCAUGCGGUUGCAGCAUUCAUCGGUCUUCAACACGACUUGCUCGUAGCCAAUUCAUUAAUCACCAUGUAUGGAAAAUGCGAAGCCAUCAGAGAGGCUGAAACGGUGUUUCGAACAAUGCCUGAAUGUGAUGUAAUCACAUGGAAUGCUCUUAUAGGAGGAUACGUCGAGAAUGAAGAGAAAAAUGAGGUGAUUCAGACUUUUAAUCAGAUGAGAAGAGCUGGUUUUUGUGGAAACUACAUUACUGUUGUGAAUGUUUUAGGAAUUUGCUCCACUUCUGAUGACCUGGAGAACCAUGGGAAGGCUCUUCACGCUCAUUCAAUCUCAAUUGGGUUGGAGAUCAAUGAGUUUGUCUCAAACUCUCUGAUUACGAUGUACGCAAACGGCGGUGAUUUCGAUUCUAGCAGGUAUAUCUUCGAUCACAUGACCAGCAAAAAUGUGGUAUCAUGGAAUGCGAUGAUUGCAUCCAAAGCUCAUCAUGGCCACGGGGAAGAUGCAAUGAAGUUCUUCAAACAAAUGCUUUCCUCUGGAAUGGAGCUGGACCAGUUUAGUCUUUCAGGAGGCCUUUCAGCGAGUGCUUGUUUAGCAUCAAAAGGUGAAGGACAACAGAUCCAUUGCCUAAUCAUUAAACUUGGAUUUGAUUAUGAUCUUCAUGUGAUCAAUGCUGCAAUGGACAUGUAUGGCAAAUGUGGGAAGAUGGAUGAUGUUCUGAAACUCCUUCCUGAACCAACUAAACGUUCGCGACUAUCAUGGAACAUAAUGAUAUCAUGUUAUGCGAGAUACGGUCGAUUCCUUGAGGCCGAGGAUACUUUUGACAAAAUGCUUCUGAUAGGACCUAAACCAGAUUACGUUACCUUUGUUUCUCUCUUGUCUGCCUGUAAUCAUGCAGGACUGGUAGACAAAGGUCUCACAUACUAUAAUCUCAUGACUUCUAAGUUUGGCAUCCAUCCCAAAAUAGAACAUUGUGCUUGCAUAAUUGAUCUUCUUGGACGUUCAGGGAGGCUAACGGAAGCAGAGAAGUUUGUUGAAAGCAUGCCGGUGAGACCUAACGGUCUCAUAUGGCGGAGUUUAUUAUCAACGAGUAGGACUCACAGAAGCUUGGAAACUGGACAGAAAGCAGCCAGGCAUCUUCUUCAGUUGGAUCCUCUGGAUGACUCUGCUUAUGUUCUUCUAGCAAACACAUAUGCGCUGAGUGGAAAGUGGGAAGAUGUUGAGAAGUUGAGAUUGCAUAUGAGAUUGAUUGAUCUGAAAAAGAAACCUGCAUGCAGUUGGAUCCAGGUGAAGAACCAGGUGAGUAGGUUUGGAGCGCAAGGGAAAGAAAUCUAUUCCAAAUUGGAAUGGAUGCUGCAACUGGUUAAAGAAGCAGGUUAUGUUGCUGAUACGUCCGAAUCGCUUCAUGACACUGAUGAAGAGGAGAAGGAAUGUAGUCUCUGGAGCCAUGGUGAGAAGCUUGCGCUGGCUUUUGGACUGAUGGCUUUGCCGGAAGGGUGUACAAUUACUGUGUUUAAGAAUCUUAGAGUUUGUGGGGAUUGUCAUCUGGUGUACAAAUUGGUCAGUAAGGUUGUUGAUCGGGAAAUUGUGCUGAGAGAUCCUUACAGGUUCCAUGUUUUUGGAGGUGGGAUUUGUUCUUGUUCAGAUUUCUGGUAGAAGAGAAGUUACGUGUGAGAGAGAUUUCUGUUUUGAUUUGCUGAUUAUGAGGGGUGAAGCUGUGUAAUUUAUUUAUUUAUUCGCUCACACAGAUCUGGAUGAGCGCGUCACAAAGAUUCUUUUAUGAGGAGACAUGGAUAAAAAACUAGAGAAAAUCAGGUGAUAAGAUUUACAACGUUAUGUUUAGGGUUUAGGGUUCGUUUUGUGCGAGUAAGGGCCCGUUUGAGGUAGAUUAUAACCGUUUGGUUCGUGCGUUUCGCCAACUUAUUCGAAAUCGUGUUUGGGUUUUUACACUAAACACAGGCCGCGAGCCGCAUUUUAGGAUAAACAGUUUAUCCUGAAACGCACAAGCUACUCUAAACGCACCCUAAAUUUCAAGAACUCUGUGAAAACUUGCUCUGCCGUUCGAGUUUAACGGAUUUUAUUUCUCCCGUCGACAACUUCCACUUCUACAUAUGAAGAUCUAACGGCGCCCCAUUUCUAUUCUCUCAUUUGCUUUAUUUUUAGGAAGAUACAUGCCACUUAAUAAUAAGUAUUUACACAUGUAACAUCUGAACUUUAAUAUUUACACAUG